ACUUUCAUAAAUAUAACCGGCUUCACUGCAAACUGUCUUCAUCAUUUAACCAUCUACACAACACACGACCAUCAUCAAUUAAUCAUGUAGAAAAUAAUGUACUGGAUGACUCUUAAUGAGUCUGGUGUAUAUCGAAGUUGGAAUUUGGUAUCAAGAAGGUGCACGAAGGGCGAAUUUCGACCCCGUCAUGACCACCUCCCACCAUUGCAGUGGGAGGAGUUUACUUGCAAACUUUGCAGUGUAAAAUCCCUGCAAAGUUUGGGGGGUCACAAGUGUCUGGCCUUUGACAGCCAAACAAACAUGUAUCCUGUUCUACUGAUAUAGAUAAGAUAAUAUCUGUGUAAGUAGAGCCAGGAGCGGCCCUCUGGCCCCAUCUACAACACUCCCCCGUGUCUCCCAUCACCUCUGGACCCAUCUACAACACUCUCCCGUGUCUCCCAUCACCUCUGGCCCCAUCUACAACACGCCCCCGUGUCUCCCAUCACCUCUGGUCCCAUCUACAACACUCCCACGUGUCUUCCAUCACCUCUGGCCCCAUCUACAACAGGUCGGGGAGGUGGUGCUGGUCCACGGCAGCUCUGGCAUGUACAGUGAGGUGAAGGUGAAGGUGCCACUAACUCGUCGCUCGGGCUACGCCAUCCUCACCAUCUACAUCCCCACCCUCGUCCUCCUCGUCGUCAGCUACGUCACCCUCUUCUUCAGACCCGUCAUCUUCGACACCAGGAUGAUGUCUGCUCUCACCGUCCAGCUCGUCAUAGCCACCUUGUUCUCCCAGGUGUCAGCCUCGUUACCCAAGACUUCCUACUUCAAGAUGGUGGAUGUCUGGCUCCUCUUCUGUAUUGGUAUUACGUUCCUCACCAUCAUAUUCCACGUCAUGGUGGACAGCAAAGUAAACCGGUCUGGAGGAAAAUCUGUGCGACCAACUGAAAGUUCCGUUACCACCAGCAUCUUAGUGGGACAGAAAGGGCUACCUCGGAAACCUGUACCACUUAUUCGAAGUAAAUGGAUGAACUUAGAGACAGACGAACAGAAGAUGGUUAUGCUAACGCGGAUAACAAUUCCUGUAGUUUUUCUCAUCUUUAACUUCUGCUACUGGAUAUAUAUAGUAACUUAUUGAUUACUGGCUUCAACCUCAACUA